CGACCAUCCGGAUCACAGGUUGCUGUUACACUGCCGCGAGCUGACGCAUACCGCAGGCCUGACCCCUCAGAAUCCUUCCGGCACUUCUCCGAGAUGCUGUUUACGGGUGUACAGGCGAAGCGUACAUUGACAUCAUGAUACACUGUAGAGUCAAUGACGCUGGGUGAUGCUGCGAUGUCAAGAUGCGCUUCACGGGAUCGCUCCUCGCCUUGGGCAUUGCCCUCGUAUCCGCUGUUCCUCUUCAGGACAGCCCCCGCCAGCGCCUUCUUGACGGCAAGCCUCUGCCCUCCAAGUACCGCACCCGGAGUGUCAGCGUCACGGACCCAUACACCCCAUCGUAUCGUGAUCCGUAUGACACCGCCGUCGACUCUGUCGGUGAGGGUCUCGAUCCUCUUCCCUUCCGGAACGGUCAGGGAGCUACCGUCCUAGGACCAUGGAACAAAGACCGCUCCCGCCAGAAUCCUGACUUGGUCCGCCCACCCAGCACCGACCACGGUAACCUGCCCAGUCUGCGUUGGAGCUUUGCCGACUCCCAUAUACGCAUCGAAGAAGGAGGCUGGACUCGCCAGACCACUGUCCGUGAGCUCCCCACCAGCGUUGAGUUGGCCGGCGUCAACAUGCGCCUCGAGAAAGGCGUCAUCCGCGAGUUGCAUUGGCACAAGGAGGCCGAGUGGGGUUAUGUCCUCGAGGGCAACGUCCGCGUGACCGCUUUGGACUACGAGGGCGGCAACUUCAUCGAUGACCUGGAAAAGGGUGACCUCUGGUACUUCCCAAGCGGCAUCCCCCACUCUCUUCAGGGCUUGGGCGACAACGGCACCGAGUUCCUGCUCAUUUUCGAUGACGGAAGUUUUUCCGAGGAGUCCACCUUCCUGGUCACGGAUUGGCUUGCCCACACCCCCAAGUCGGUUAUCGCCAAGAACUUUCACCUGGCCCCAGAGAUCUUUGCCCACCUCCCCGAGAAGGAGAAGUACAUCUUUCAGGGCUCGCAGCCGGGAUCCAUCGACCAGGAAAGACCUGAGGGCAGCAAUGUCAAGAAGUCCAAGUACCAGUUCACCCACAAGAUGCUCGCCCAGGACCCCAAGAUCACCUCGGGUGGUCAAGUGCGGAUCACCGACUCCAAAAACUUCCCUGUCUCCAAGACCGUGGCAGCGGCCCACGUCAUCAUCGAGCCCGGUGCUCUGCGCGAGAUGCACUGGCAUCCCAACGCCGACGAGUGGUCCUUCUUCAUCAGCGGACGUGCCCGCGUGACCGUCUUUGCUGCCGAGGGUAACGCUCGCACGUUCAACUACCUGCCUGGAGACGUCGGUAUUGUGCCCAGAAACAUGGGACAUUUUGUUGAAAAUAUUGGCGAUGAGCCGUUGGUCAUGCUCGAGAUCUUUAGAGCUGAUGAGUUCCAUGAUAUUUCUCUGUUCCAGUGGCUGGGUGAAACUCCCCAACGCCAGGUGGCUGAUACGCUGUUCAGUGAUGAUGAGGAGGCGCGACAGAAGUUCUUGGAUGCGAUUGAGAAUCCCAAGAAGGAUGAGGUCACCAAGGGUACUGAGGCUCAGUAAGGUGAGUGAGUUUGGGAGGAGACAUGGGCGGGGCUGCAUUUGUGGUCUGCAUUUAGGUUUGAGGACAGGGAGUGGUUAGGACAGAUCUGCAACCUACCUACGUUUUGUUCCGAACGUUAUGGCUUAUGUAUCCAGCUAAAAUUCAGUCCAAAAAAGUGUGUAUCACUACCAAAUUUCUUCCU